AGCUCCGCAGAUGUCAACAAAAGAGGACAAGGAAGUCGAAGGCAACAAAAUGUCCUUUGAAGACCUAAGAAAGCGGGCUAGACAGCUCGAAAGUGAAAUAGAUAUGAAAUUGGUGUCCUUUAGCAGGAUAGCAGCGAGUUAUGGAUCCAACGUGGCUAACAACACCAACAGCGAGACAGUGGCCCUUUUGUCCGGAGACCAAAUGUAUGAGACAAUUUCUGUGGAGCUUGAACAGCUAUUGGCAUCACUAACAGACGUAAAUGAGAGAAUGAACAAUUGUACCCACGGGUCGAAUGUUGCAACGAUACACACCUUGCAGCGGCAUAGAGAUAUUCUCCAGGACUACACCCAUGAAUUCCAGCGUACCAACAAUGCCAUUACUGCAAGACGGGAACGUGAGCAAUUACUAGGCGGAGGAAGGAAUGAUGGUAAGACUCUGGCUGGAUUAUCCCGACGUGACUUGUACAUUAAGGAAGCUGAGCAUUUGAACAAUUCUGAACGCAUGGUUGAUGAGCAAAUUUCUAUUGCCGUGGAAACCAGAGAUCAUCUCAAAAGCCAGCGUGAAGCUUUCAAGAUGAUACAGACCAAAGUUAAUGAUCUAUCCAAUAGGUUUCCUCUUAUCAAUACACUUAUGACUAAAAUUAAUAUCCGAAAAAGACGUGAUAGCCUUAUCCUUGGAACUGUGAUUGGACUUUGUCUAACCUUUAUGCUGUGGUGGAUGUUUUUCUAGCAACUGCAUUCCAUAUGAUCAGAGAUAAAUGUGUAAUGAUAUGCAUUAAAGUUUUUUAAUAGUUGCUGCAUUGAAAUAGGCAUUGAUAAGUCUGCAUGUAUAACAUUUUAUAACUUAAUAUACACAGUUUUAUUGUGAGCAUGAUGUAAAUUGUUAAUUGGAAAUAUUAUUGUAUAAACUUUAUUGAGAUAGAUAACAAUACAUAACAGGCAAAUUCUGUACAGAGGACUUUAUGUGAAGUAUACAAGUAAGAUUGAUAUACAGCCAGGUUUGAUGAACAUUUUGAGUUGUUUUUAUCAAACACUUGUAAGUGUUUUGUAUUUUACUUUUUGUAUUCAUGUGCAUUUCAUUUGAAACUCACGUAUACAAUAGUUAAAGCAUGUAUGUUUUUUUUAUUUUGUAUUUUCUCCAGUUAAGACAAAUACAUAUACAGGAAGCAGAGCUGUAAGUAUAUUUGUAAAGUGAACAGUAUCCAGAAUUUUCAAAAGUAUAGCCAGUACACAGUAUGCUUUUGAGGUUGAUAUAUAUUCCUAGUAUUAUUUCUCAAGGAAAAUGUGUUUACACUUACUCUUUUCUUAAUCGUUGAGUUGUGAAAGGUUAGUGUGAAUUCAGAUAAAAAACAAAUGCCUUUUUUAUACUUCAAGAUGUUUAAGAUCAUUUUUCUUACUGAGGUGAUACAUUAAAAACAGUAGAUUCUGAAUAAGGAUGAGGUGACUUACACCAGUAUGUGAUGUUUAUCAUUUUUAUGUCAAAUUAAUUCACAUUUUCAUUAUUUUAAAGGAUUUUGUUUGGCAGUGAAUAAAUUGAGCACAAAGAGUUAAGGAGAAUUCACACAUAUAGAGUAGAUUUCUCUUGUGUGAGGGAGAGUAAUAUUCAUUUUAAACCUUUGUAUGCAGAUAUAGGUAUUAUCCAUUGUGGAUUUUGUUACACAAAAAUGGCCCUAGAAGUGUUCAGCCACCAAGGAGCCAGUUAGUAGCCCAACACAACCUUAGCCGAUUUCUCCAUUCCUUGAAUUUUCACGAUUUUUUUUAUGUUUAAUGCUGUUAAAAUUGAUACUGGUAUUAUUAUUAUUGACAUUAUCAUUAAUAUAAUGUUAUUAAAAUACUAAUAGCAGUAAAAAGUAAGAUAGAAUCUUUCUGAAAAUCAAGGAGAUGGGUGAGAUAGGUAGGACUAGUAAUUGACUCCUUAGUAACUAAGUACUUGGAGCCAUAUAUGUGUAAACAAAAUCAUUAAAUUAAAAUUACAGUGGAUAUGGCAUGUGUGCCAUACCAUCACUGAAGGCUUAAAGAAAGUUUUGUUUGUAGUAUUUGAGACUUGAGUGUUUAUAUAUAAUACUUAUGUUGGAGUGCUUGUGAAGUUUAAGAACUCUUGUUUAUACAAGAAGUGCCAUUUUGAUCUUUACAUUUUCAUGAAUAACAAAAAUCAUGCACUUUGUUACUAGAUAUUAUUUAUUCUGAUGCUGAAAAUUAUUUAUCUGUGUCGAAAUAUGUGUACAAAAAUACUAAAAUAUUAUUUAUCUAUAUAGAAAUGUGUGUAAAAGAAUAUUAUCUAUCAGUGUAGCAAUAUGUGUACAUGAAUAAAUCAGUUUCCAGUUUUAUGUGAAUAAUUCAGAAUCUGUUUAUGUUUUCCAUUAAAUUUAUUACCGACAUUGUGCUAUUACUAUUUUGGUAAGUUUGUUAUUUGAUUAUAUAUAUGAUUAAAGUAAAACUUACUUUUAUGAUCUUUUAUUUUACUCAUUCUUUUUUUUUUGUUACUGGUUGUUAUGAAAUGUAGGUGGUUUUUAUUCUUUUUAACUUUCCAGUCCCCUCUCUUCUUUUCUUAAUUCUAUCUGUUUUUUUCCCUUUUCUCCCCUUUUCUCCUCCUUGUAGUAACAAAAAGUAACUUUGUGCCUAGUUACUCAAGUUGUCAUUUUCCUCUUUAUGAUCAUCGUGUUUUAUGCCUUUACGUUUCAGUGUAUUAUCCAACUGGGCUUUGUUUGCAUUCAGAAGCAACUUUGGUAGAGACAUACAUUUGAUUCUGUUAAUUACACAACUUUGAAAACCAUUGUCUGGUGAAGGAUGUAAUAAAUAUACAUGUUUAAUUAGCAUCCAGAAAUUUUGAAAUUCAAAAGAAACCAGUGAUAUUUGGGAAUUGGUUAGAACAGUGAACAGAUCUUGAUUUUGAAAAGAUAACAAGAGAUGAAUUUUCAAACUAUGAGUGGUAAACUGAUUAUGAAAAAGAAAUGAAGUAAGUUGGUUUUGUUGUUAAUGAAUAGUGAUAUCAAAUAGUUUAUCAUCCUUAAUGCCCAUUAGAAUAAAAAUGUUGAAAGAAAAGAAGAGGCACUACAUUGGAGGGGUUGUAUUUUACUUGAUAUUGUCUUUUUUUCUGUAAAAAAGUCAUACACAAUUUAUAAGACACACACACACACACACACACACACACACACACACACACACACACACACACACACACACACACACACACACACACACACACACACACACACACACACACACACACACACACACACACACACACACACACACACAC